AUGUAUGAGAAAGCACGAGAGUCUAAUAGUGAUAAAUAUAGACCUCACGUCAAGACCCUUUGUGGAACUCUGCAGCACUUGCAGUCUUGUUAUCGGGCUGUAAUAUAUGUAAUAGUUGGCUUGGACGAGUGUUCUGCAGAUCAACAUAAACUACUGCUAGACGUGUUUCUGCCGCUUCUGCAGCGCGAUAUACCUUUACUGAAAUUCCUCCUGACCAGCCGCUAUAAGAAUGACAUAGCUGCUAGGCUUGGUCACUAUCCACAAAUAGUUGUUGACGUUUCGAAAAACUCGGCCGACAUACGAAGCUUUGUCCAGUCUCAACUAUCACAAGCUCUUAAAGCUAAAAGACUAUUGCGAAGUCAAGUAUCAAAUGAGCCUUUCUUGGAGAUCAGGGAUCGGCUGAGCCAAGAUGCUUGCGGCAUGUUAGUCUCGUUAAAAUACAACUGCAGCACAAAUUAA